AUGCUCCUAAUGACCUCGAUGUGUCAAGCUGUGGGUAACAACAUCUACCCUGUGAUUCUAAUCCCAGGAAACGGAGGUAAUCAGCUAGAGGCAAGACUUGAACAAGACUACAAGCCAACGAGCGUCUGGUGUAGCAGCUGGUUAUGCCCGAUCCGCAAGAAGAGUGGUGGAUGGUUCAGGCUAUGGUUCGAUCCAUCGGUGCUAUUGUCUCCCUUCACCAAGUGCUUCAACGAGCGAAUGAUGUUGUACUAUGACGCCGAUUUGGAUGAUUAUCAAAACGCUCCUGGUGUACACACCCGUGUUUGCAAUUUCGGUUCUACCAAAUCCCUUCUCUACCUCAACCCUCUUCUCCGAGAUGCCACAUCUUACAUGUCACAUUUGGUGAAAGCUCUAGAGAAAGACAGCGAAUAUGUUAACGACCAAACUAUCCUGGGAGCUCCAUAUGACUUCAGGUACGGCUUUGCUGCGUCGGGCCAUCCAACUCGUGUAGCCUCACAAUACCUACAAGACCUCAAAAAUUUGGUGGAGAAAACGAGCAGCGAGAACAAUGGAAAGCCAGUGAUACUCCUCUCCCAUAGCCUAGGAGGCCUUUUCGUCCUCCAUUUCCUCAACCGUACCACCCCUUCAUGGCGCAGCAAGUACAUCAAACACUUUGUUGCACUCGCUGCGCCAUGGGGUGGUACGGUUGAGCAGAUGAAGACAUUUGCUUCUGGAAACACACUCGGUGUUCCUUUUGUUAACCCUUUGCUGGUCAGGCCGCAGCAGAGGAGAUCCGAGAGUAACCAGUGGCUACUUCCAUCUACCAAUGUGUUUCACGACAGAAGUAAACCGCUUGUUGUUACUCCCCGGGAUAACUACACAGCUUACGAGAUGGAUCGGUUUCUUGGAGACAUUGGGUUCUCUGAAGGAGUUGUCCCUUACAAGACAAGAGUGUUGCCUUUAACAGAGGAAGUUGUGACUCCUGGAGUGCCGGUCACUUGCAUAUACGGGAAAGGAGUUGAUACUCCGGAGGUUUUGGUGUAUGGUGAAGGAGGAUUUGAUGAGCAACCAGAGAUUAAGUAUGGAGAUGGAGACGGAACUGUCAAUUUGGCGAGCUUAAAAGCUUUGGAGUUGAUUCACAGAGUUGAGAGCUUGAAAACUGUAGAGAUUGGUGGAAUCUCGCAUACCUCUAUACUUAAAGAUGAGAUCGCACUUAAAGAGAUAGUGAAGCAGAUUUCAAUCAUUAAUUCUGGAUUAGCCAAUGUUAAUGAUGCCACGAAUGAAAAGAGAGGAGUCGAUUAA